AUGCUGCCACGCCACUGGCGUGAUGCCACAUGGUGCAUGCGAGGCAAACGCUUGCCUCCAGCGCUCACGAGCGGUCUUGGUCUAUGGCUGUUUGAACCCCCCCCCAGACUGAUGGAGAAUCAGGUUGCACCGGGGCUGGGAACUACUGUGGUUCACAAUUACGGCGGCUACGGGGGCCCUGGAGGAGCCGGCGGGCACAGCGGAGGAGGCGGCGGUACAGGGCAGGGCCAGCAGCUGUACGUCACAGGGGACAACCCACGAAUCUACGACCACGGCCCCUUUGAAUCAGAAACCGACACACGAAAGAAAAUUAUCAACUGGAUUGCACCACUCAACUUUGCUCCUCAUCAACAAGAGAUAUACGAGACCUGCCACAAGGAUACUCUUGAAUGGUUUCUAUAA